GAAACCGAUGGCAUUGAAACGCUCAGUUGGUAGCUGGUUUAACCACACACCCAAAAACUCAUACCACUCGUGCACGUGAACUGGCAAAGCAAAGCAACUAAAGUUGUAACUACCAAAAAUCUCCUCAUUCAUUCGCCUCUCUUCUUCUUCUUCUUCUUCUUGAGGGGAAAGCGGUUCCAUUUUACUCGCUUCUCAAUUUCAAUGGCUGCCGCGCAAGAGUCAUCGGAUGCGGAGAUGAAAAGAGUGGUGGUGAUUGGAGGCGGCGUCGGCGGCUCCGUCGUAGCCCAUUCUCUCCAGUUCUGCGCUGAUGUUGUCCUUGUUGAUCAGCAGCGCAAGGCUUUUUGGGUGUACUUGUCUAUUAAUUACUCCAGUGGAGAUAGUAAACAUGAUAGAUGAAAAGAAGGAAGUGGUGUCACUGAACUAGCCAUGUUUUGCAUGUAGAAGAUUCAAGAUGACCUGUUUAAACGUUUUGAAUGGAAGGAGUAUUUUGAGAUCCCAUGGGGAAGCUUGAGGGCAAUGGUGGAGCCAUCAUUUGCCAAAAGAUCCAUCAUUAAUCACUGCGAUUACCUUCCAAAUGUGCGGAUUGUUGCAUCUACUGCAGCUAACAUCACAGACCGUGAAGUAUUGACUACAGAUGGCCGUUUGCUUGUAUAUGAUUACCUUGUUAUUGCCACUGGUCACAAGGACUCUGUUCCAAAAACCAGAGUUGCGAGGCUCAGUCAGUACCAGGCAGAGUUCGAAAAGAUCAAUUCUGCUGAAUCAAUCCUGAUUGUUGGAGGGGGCCCUACUGGUGUUGAACUUGCUGGUGAAAUUGCCAUUGAUUUUCCAGAAAAGAAGGUGACACUUGUGCACAGGGGGUCAAGGCUACUAGAAUUCAUUGGCUUGAAGGCUUCCCAAAAGGCACUUGAUUGGUUAAUAUCAAAAAAUGUUGAAGUUGUUUUGAAUGAGUCCGUUAAUUUGAACAAUGUAUCUGAUGGUUUUAUUCAAACAUCUUCUGGAGAAGUUAUCGCAGCUGAUUGCCACUUUGUGUGCACGGCUAAACCAAUGGGUUCGUCAUGGCUUAGGGAGAGUAUUUUACAGAAUGACUUGGAUAUGCAAGGAAGAUUGAUGGUUGAUAGAAACAUGAGGGUUCGUGGUCAUAAAAAUAUCUUUGCAGUAGGAGAUAUAACCGAUGUUAAGGAGAUCAAACAAGGAUAUUUAGCACAAAGACAUGCUGAAGUGACUGCCGAGAACCUGAAGCUAUUGUUGAGCGGACGAAAUGAAAGCAAGAUGGCUACAUAUAAGCCUGGUUUAGAAAUGGCACUUGUUUCACUUGGGAGGAAAGAGGGAAUUGCUCAGUUCCCAUUAGUGACAAUUAGUGGUUGCAUCCCAGGCAUGAUCAAAUCCGGGGACUUAUUUGUAGGAAAGACAAGGAAACGUCUUGGGCUGAAACCUUGAUAAACAAGGAAUCAUUUUGGAUGGUUUGGCAGGUUAUUCAGGAUAUCAAACUCAUCUUCUCCGGUUAUUUCAUUUAGAGCAGAAUCGUGCAGUGGUACAUUAACCAGGUUCGGGCGCUUGGUUAUUGCAAACAAAAGUGGUGGCAUUCAUUUCCCCGUCCUUAGUGUUUGCUAUCAAGCCUUGCAGGGUGCUGGACUUCCCCAUCUUAUGCAGGUUCAUGUGUGUUUCUUUUAGCCAAAAGAAAAAAGUAAAGGGAAUUCCAAGUUCAUAAUUCUGCAGAAACGCUAGUCGGGUGGUGGAAGUUAGAUGUUCCAGGAAAUUAUUUCAAGAUAACAGAAACAAUGUAGAUCGUUAUACUCCUUCCCGCAGCUUUCAGGUACCUGACCAAAUUGUACGUGGCGGGGCGUCUGUAAUAUUGAUGUUUUUAGUAAUUAUGCAACUGAAGAGUGUCUAAUUCUGAUUAAACAAGGUAGAGUGCCAUUCAGAUUU